GUUUGGACAGCAGGUCUAUGUCCCAUAUAAAACACCAGCAUCCAAAGCUCCCCCGCCAUGCCUCCCCCUCCCAGCCAGAAAGGCACCGGAAAGAAAGGGCGUGAUGCUCGCCAGAGUCGGAGCCGUAACUCGACUCCCAACCUCACCGGCGCAUCCAGCUCGGUGCCACCAGCUGAAUCGGGGGAAACGGCUCUCCUGGAGCUCUCCCGAGCUUCAUUCUUUACCUCGGAUAAUGUGGCAGAUGUCUCGUCGGCAAUUCCAAGCUCGAAAGAUUUGGAGGCCCUGGCAGAAAAGUUACAGAAAUUGGUAGCCGCGAUUGAACUUCGAGGGGCAACCUGCGAUCGGGGCAUGAGAAUGCUGGCCAAGUUGAGAAAAGAAAGACUAGAGGAGAUUGAGAGUGACCGGCGAGACGAAGAACACAAGGAACGACUCAAGAGAGACGCCGCAGAUGAAGAGGAGCGAGGCAGACAUAAAACCAACAAACUCAAAAAGAGAAAGGAUAUCAGCACGAGUAGGGAAGAGCGACCCUUGACCCACGGAGCACACACAUUGGCACCCCAAGAUGGCUCCAACUUGGGUAAGUCUUGCUCCAGCAUCACUAUACUUAUAUUCACUUAUGUAUAUAUUGGUGUAUAUAUACUUCACGACCUCGUGGGCACGGAAAUGCUGACUUUGACAUCCUCAGAAGCGUCGUCGCCUCUGCCGAGAGUGCGCAAGGCCUCUCGCCGAUUAUCGCGCGACAACGAUUCGGCGAGUUCUUCGCUUUCACCCGUUGCGCCGACCCCCGCAGCGACUGGUAUGGACUUGGAUGAGAAGGAGGAUGUGAUUGACGACGACUCAAGUUCAGACGAACACCAGCCUCCGCCUGCCCCGACCAUGCCCCAUAUGCAAACUUUUGGCGACGACCCCUCCACAUUUCCCGAUCCCACCGUCUACGAAAUCCGCCCCAUCACAAAAGACAUGGACGAAGCAACGAAGAAAGAGAUCUUCUCCGUCACAACAUAUCCUCCUUCGAAUCUCGAGGAUCUCAUCGCAGGCGAUCCCCCCGAUAAAGAUUUCAGCAAUGCGAAGCCUACAAACCAGGUCCAGGCAAAUACGUUUGCGACCUACCUCGACCCAUUUUUCCGACCAUAUACCGAGGAAGAUUUGGCUUUCCUUCGAGAACGAGGCGACAAGGCUACAUCUCAGAGUAUGCCAAAUGUCGGCUCGAUGCACUAUACAGAAAGAUGGGCCAAGGAGGAUAGCGGGAUGAUGGUCGAUAGCCCUCAGCAUGGACGCGACAAGCUACCGGGGAACCAUGCGCGUGGUAAUCUGGAGAAUAUGGAUGAUGCGAUGGCAGAGACAGAUGCCGUCUCGGCAGGUCCAAUCUUGUCGCGACUAUUGGCUACAUUGAGACCUGAACACAGAGCAGCGGCGUCUGAAGAGAGACCUACCGCAAAUGCCUUUACAAACGGCGAAGCCAAUAUCAAUGGCGAGCCUAAUGGUGAUCUCGGAGAUUCUGUCCAAGCAAAUGGAGACGCGCCCGCGCCACUGCCAGCCGCCACAUAUAUGACGGAGUCAUCUUCGGAAUCAUGGAAAAAGGCCACUCACCACAAGCUUGAUUACUCACAAGUAGACGAGCGUAUCAAGCAGGAACUUCGACAUAUUGGGCUACUCUCCCCCGAAGAUGACCCCAACUUUGACGAUCAAUAUGACGACGAGAUCGCUGUGCGGCUUCGCUCGUUACAAGCUGAGUUGAGACAGCAGCAAGUCGAAAAUGGCGCUCGCAAAGCCCGACUGCAGGAACUCGUGAAAGAAAGGAUGGCACAUCAAGAAUACACAACCAUUCUUGAAGACCUCGAUGCCCAAGUCCAACAGAAUUACCUUAAACGAACACGCACAAUUGGCAAGAACAAGAAGACCAAAAGACCUGGUGGGGCUGGUGGUGGAAGUCAUUUUGUUGGAGGGGUCGCAAACGGAAUGGCCAGACCGGGCAUUGGUGAUGCAGCCAAGACCAUUAUGGAGAGAAGGAAGAAGUGGAUUGAGGGCGUGGGAUCGGUCUUUGAUGAUGAGAGAAGUACGGUGAAGGUUCCUAGGGCUUCCAAUGCUGGCAGCUCCAUUUUCAAACCAGAGGACAUGGCGGAGUUUAUCAAGAAGGAACGGGAGAAUUGGGAGGAGUAUCCUGAAGAGGAGUAAAUAUGCACGUGUGUGUGAAUGGGAUGGGACGAGAUGAGUCUGAAUGUUAGCGUUUCCUCUGGGAGUUUCUUACCUACGUGGAUGUAGGAAUAGGCGAAAGCGGAGUCUUCUUCCUUCAGGCAAGGGAUCAAGGCAUGGUGUUAUGGAUUGGUAGAUAGAUGGGUAUCUGCUUUGCUUUGCUUUACUCUGCUUGGUCAGAGCGUUGGUUAUGAAGAAAUGAUAUUCACCUCCGUUAUAUUUGUUGGCUUUGGUGGCGCGGGACUUUUUAGGAACCUCGUAUGGUGAAGUGUGUGAGUGUGUGUGUGAUUUGUAAGGUAUUCACUCAUUCACUCACUCCCUUUACUGCUGCUGGAGCUAGCUGGAUUCCUCUCUGCGAGAGCGGGGACUGAAAUUUGAGUUUGCAUCUGAAAUUACUUUUGCAUUUUUUGUUGGGGGUGUAGUGUGUUAUUUGUUGUGUUGCUGGAGACUAAUUGGCUAUAUUUCUGUUCUCAGUACAUUUACUCACCAUACCUAGAGUACAACGAGUACCAGAACUAUAACCAGACGCAGAAGCUGAAUAUUUCUUGGCCGUGGAACAUCUUAUCGGACGUUCGAUAAAUUCGGGAUCAUUCGAAUUCCAAUGGAACCCUCGUUGUUCUUUUACUAUUCUUAAUUUUGGGGAUUUUACAAAAAGGGGAUUUUGAGAUUUUGGGAUUUGGGAAUGAACUUUUAUUCGAAGAAUGAAGAGGUGUCUAGGUGGACUUAGGGCGCUUGUUGGUAUUUUGUGAUUUGGAUGCUUGUGGGG